AUGGGGAACUGCUUAACUGUGGGGCCGAACGAAGCUCUGGUGGUCUCCGGUGGUUGCUGUGGCUCUGAUCAAAAGACCUAUGCUGUGGGAGGCUGGGCCUGGGCUUGGUGGCUCAUCUCAGACACCCAAAGGAUAACUCUGGAGAUCAUGACUCUGCAGCCCCGAUGUGAGGAUGUAGAGACAGCAGAGGGGGUAGCCAUCACUGUCACAGGGGUGGCUCAGGUCAAAGUCAUGACAGAUCAGGACUUACUGGGGGUGGCUUGUGAGCAGUUCCUGGGUAAAUCAGUCAUGGAAAUCAAAGCUGUGGUUCUGCAGACUCUGGAGGGACAUCUCCGCUCAAUUCUUGGUACCCUGACCGUAGAGCAGAUCUAUCAGGACAGGGACCAGUUUGCUAAAUUGGUGCGGGAGGUAGCAGCUCCAGACGUGGGAAGGAUGGGCAUCGAGAUUCUCAGCUUUACUAUCAAGGAUGUGUAUGAUAAACUGGAUUACCUGAGCUCCCUUGGGAAGACCCAGACUGCAGCUGUCCAGAGGGAUGCAGACAUUGGUGUUGCUGAGGCAGAGAGAGAUGCUGGGAUACGGGAAGCGGAAUGUAAGAAGGAGAUGAUGGACGUGAAAUUCCUGGCUGACACCAAGAUGGCCAACUCCAAACGAGAACUGGAGCUGCAGAAAGCUGCUUUUAACCAGGAGGUCAACACCAAGAAAGCAGAGGCCCAGCUGGCGUACGAGCUGCAGGCAGCAAAGGAGCAGCAAAAGAUCCGCCUGGAGGAGAUUGAGAUCCAAGUGGUGCAGAGGAAGAAACAGAUCGUUAUCGAGGACAGGGAGAUUGACCGGACAGACAAGGAGCUCAUUGCCACAAUCAAGAGGCCCGCUGAGGCAGAGGCCUUCAAAAUGCAGCAGCUGGCUGAGGGGCAGAAGAUGAAGACGGUGCUGAUAGCCCAGGCUCAGGCAGAGAAGAUCAAGAAGAUUGGAGAGGCGGAGGCUAGCUCCAUCGAAGCAGUGGGCAAAGCGGAGGCUGAGAAGAUGAGACUGAAGGCUGAGGCCUACCAGCAGUACGGAGAGGCAGCUAAGACUGCUCUGGUCCUUGAGGCCCUGCCUAAGAUUGCUGCCAAGGUGGCAGCGCCAUUAUCCAAGACCAAUGAGAUAGUCAUCCUCAGUGGAGAGAGCAGCCGUGUGACGGGCGAGGUGAACCGCCUGUUGGCUGAACUUCCUGUGUCUGUCAACGCUCUCACUGGAGUGGAUUUGUCAAAGAUCCCGUUGCUGCAGAAGAUGAGCAGCGCUCAAGCCUGAAAACCGACGACUCCACAUGAUUCCAGUAUCUGUUGUAUGCACUCUGAUAGACUGCCUUUAAUACACUUGAAAAAUUUUGUUGUUUUAUACGUAUAUACUGUAUACCAAGUGAAUUUUGGAAACCUCUGGUGCCUUACUUUAUACAGCGCCAGAAUAUCUGAAUGCACUGCUGCUCAUUCAAAGAUUUUUUUUAUUUAGUUUUAACAUGGGAGCAUUUUGUGUUUUUAUUUAUUUUUUUGUAUUUGAAUAUAUGAAUUGGCCCGUUUGUAUAAAAUGUCAUCAAAGGGAAAGCUGAUAUUAGAAAGGUGUUACGGUUGACCCACCUGCUGACUCUCACCGAGGUUAUGGCUCAUUCAUGCUCAACGUUAAAUACGUUUACAGACAAGCAUGGAGCCUUCAGUUGUACUCUGCGUUCAUGUAGUCUAUGUUUGUGCACGUUUUCUGAAACCUCAUGGUCACAGAGGAAACGGAGAAGUACCAUUGGAGAUAGUGGGCGCAGUGUCGCGUAGUUCAAGUGAGAUACGUCUGUAGGACAUGACAGAGAACAAAUUUGUGAUAUAAUGAAAAGAAUAGAUUGUCCACAUGUCACACUGUAUAGAAUGGCCUCACACACUGCUGCCAUCUACAAGGCUGCCUCCUUUAAAACCUUUUACGACCUCCUCCAGUUUGUCCUUGUUGGUUGUUGUCAGAAACGUUUGACUUUGCCCUCUAGCGCUGUCUAGUGGAUGUAGCUGUGCCAACAAAAUGGACGCACAGGAGUAUGUCGGCAGUGAAGGUUACAACGCAUGAAAUGAACAUAUCUAUUUUCAUACGUAAAGGGAGUAAAAAGGAGCCUUGACGAUGUGACAGCUGAUGUUAACACCUAUUCCUUGGUAUUUACACAUUUGGGCCUCUGCUCUCACUUUUUACAUUUUGCAUGAUGCAGGCCUUUUUGUUGAUUUAUAUACCUCUUUCUUUGUAAGUAGACACAUCUGCAUUCCCUAGAUAAUCUGAAUAUUGUUAAUUGUAAAGUUUUCUUUGUAUUGUACUUGUUGUAAUUUUUAACUACUUAUUUGAAUGUGACACUGAUUGAUUUCUACAAUGUAACCGGUGCUCACAAUCUUAAAAGAAGCCCCUUUCAUUGUGCAAAAUUUGUCUGUUGCCCUGAAAGAAGCUUAGUUCUUGACAAGCUGUUCGUAUCAGUCAGUCCCUCCAGGAUUUCACGUGGAUUGUUUUUGGGAUUGUUGCAGCCUGAAAUGCCUGAUUUCAUGGCAACUCUUCUAAAAAUUGCGAUGCAUUUUGCAAUGUUAGUGGUGCUUUUUAUGCAAGGAAAAUACAGGGACAAAGGAAAACUGCAAAAGUAGUUGUGAUGGUGUCUCAGAUUUGGAGCCUUUUAUUAUAAACAUCUUAGUUUCCCUCAGAACUAGAAUGGAUUUGUGAUGGUAGAGGCGGUAUAUAGGUGGGGGCUGACAGCUGAUCGUAACCAAUCAGCUGUUGAUGUCACUCAAAGCAGCGCUGCCUCUGUGAGCGGCUCUCCUCCUGCUCUCUCUGCCCGGUUAGUGCAAAAUAACACAGCAGUAGUGGCUAACAUCCAACAUCAAGCUGUUUAACAGCCCAAACUCACACCGAUAACAAAGCGGCUUGAGUCGGUUGUUAAACCCGUUAAUUACAGUUGGGUAAUGUUAGCUGUAGGAUGCUAACAGUUAGCCCUGUCACUGUGUGUGUGACUCUGGUACAGAGCUCUCCCACGGCAGUAGUCUCAUGAUAAGAAAGAGAAUGAGAGAGAGCGGGGGGCAAGGAGGGGCUGAGCGAAUCGAUAUUCUGCACUCAGCUCUACGACGAAAUGAGAUUUUACCCAUUCUUAAUCGUCAAAGUUGCAGCAAAGUUGUGGUGAUUGGAAAAGUUGCAAGGUAUUGGCAGAAUUGGCGUCAGUUGUUGUUGCAGCAUCCUGGAGGGAUUGAUCAGUCCAGUUUUUAUGGGGUAGCUUGUAACGUGGUCCUUAAAUACUUAAUGUGGGUUUUAAUGUAAAAUAUUAGUUUCGGCCUAGAUCGAAAAGCAUCAUUUGGUGUUUAAAACAAAAAGAUGAGAAAGAAGGGAAAAAAUAUUUCAUGGACAAAUUGUAAACAUGACUAGCUUGGAGUUGUGUGAAAUAUAUUUAUAUUGUUUGGAAAAGGCUUAAUGUGAAUAGAUUUUAAAACUGAAAGGCCAGAUAGCGAUGCCAAAUAGAAUAGACUGUCUUUUAAUUUUUAUUCUAUCAGAAGGACCUGGAGUACUGCAUAGUUUAUCUGAUUUCCUACUGCAAAUAUCUAUAGAUGCUAAGCCAUGUUUGACAGGGUGUGUCGACAAACCAAACUCCGACACUUUUCAGAGAAACACACUCUGUUCAGUGUUUGUUUUUUAAUGACUGUGACAUCAAAUAUAGAAGUAUCUUUUAGCAGAGUACUUACCACACAAUGUUUUAUCUAUUUAAAUCUUUGAUGUUGCUGUUUGUGAAUGGUCACAAUGCUUUGUUGUUUUGGAGUCUAAUGCACCAAAUGUUUAGCAUCAGUGCAGCAGUACAAAGGAUCUGAUGUUUAAAGGAGGGGGGCAUGUCCCUCAUCUCCCCUCAGCGCUGAAAAGAGCUGCGCUCACCUACACUACACCUGAAGUGGCGAGACAGUAAUGUUUAGUUUGAGCCUCAUAUCUCAAGCAGGUGACAACAAAUACAGAGGUAGUUUUAUGUGAUACUGAAGUAAACAGCCAAUGUGAGCAUACUGACAUAGGAUUCACAGAAGACUGUUAUUAUUAUUAUUGUUAAUAUCUUUUUUUGUGCUCAUCCUUUGCUGAUUUAGUUACUUGACAAAUACUGUGACCAUGCUGAUUUGUUUAGCUUCCAGUGUGUCCACUGUAUAUAUGACAUAUUUGUGUUAUAUCCCUAAUGUUAUUUACAACACGUGCACUACUGUGUGUCUCAAACGGCCAUGUAUGCUCUUGCUGCAUGUCACCCAUCUGUACUCAGAAUAAUCCGUUCAGUCUUAGCUAAUUGUUGUUCUAAUAAAUCCAAAUGUAAUGAUUUAUUUAUUUUGCCAUUGACUAUUCUGCAAAUUUUAUUUAUUUGAUUAUUGAUAUGUUUUUCACUGUUUCCUGAAUCGGCUUCUUAAUUUUGGUUUGAGGUGUGGUGAUGUACAACGUGUUAGAUAUAUAUAUAUAUAUAUAUAAAUAUACAUAUAUGAAGAUAGUCAAAACUCCUUUAAUAGAAAAUAAAGCCAGAUUUCAGUCAUAA